AUGAAUAUAUCAGACCCCCCACCCCCACCCCCCCUCACCCCCGGCAUCACUGGGGGCUCUGAGGCCUUCACGGCGCGCUGUGUAUGGCGGGUGCGACGGCGGGGGCGCGGACUGCAAUACCUCGUGGACUGGGAGGGCUACGGCCCUGAAGAGAGUGUAUUGGUCGGUGUAUCUGCUAAGAUGAAGAAGCUGAAGCUGAAGUUCAUUUUGCUGACUCUGCUCCUCCAGCUGGUCUUCUCAGUGAAAGCUGGCCCUAGUGUGGAGGUGUGGUGGAAGCUAUCUGAUUGUGUUUUCGACACCAUGGAAAGGGUGAAAGGCAAAUGGAAGAAGUUUAACUACCUCGAUGGUAGAGAAGGCUGGAAGCCUUUGGAGAAGGAUGAAAUAAUUAAAGUCAUCACUGGACUGCACCAUAAUUGUAAAUGGUGGGAUCCCUUCAUGAACAACUGUGAGCACAUUGCUACGCUGGUUCGCUACGGUAAAAAGAGCUUUGAACAGCCUGGUGCAAAGGCUUCCUGUGUAACAAAGUUCAAAUGGAAACCAACCUUUACGCAUCAAGCAGAGCGGAUCAAUCCCAAGCCCAAGAGAGUGUGGCAAGAUCCCUCAUCUCUACGUCACAAACGUCUCCACGACCAGGCCGUCGCUGGAGCCUGA